CCUGCCCCGGGGUGCAGUGGAGCUCUCGGUGCCCUGCAGGGAUGUUCAGCUCUGGAGGAGCCUCCCCCAGCUGCCUGCCCUGCCCCAAGGAUUUCUUCAGCCCCAGGCCCGGCCAGAAUUUCUGUUUUCCGUGCGGGGCUGGGGCGGUGCAGCCUGCGGAGGGGCAGCGCACCUGUGAGUGCCGGGGCAAGGGCCAGAUCUUCCAGCCACGAGACGCUCUCUGCACCUGCCCCCCCGGUUUUAGGAGCUCAGGGAGGGAUGGGAACUCCUGCGUGAGGAGAAGAUACCCGGUGUGCAGGGACGCGGCCUCCAGGAACCAGGAGGGGCAGUGCCUGGGCAGGAGAGCAUGGGCUCACUACUGCUCCCACAAGGUGUGUGCUGCCCCCAGGGAUUUCCAGGGCUAUGACAAAGUCCUUGGGCUGUGCAUUUGUCACCCACAGAGCCUGGAGGGAACGUGCAACUCCCAGUGCAGAAGGGAACAAAAAACCUCCCUGAAACUCAGCUGUGCAGGGGGAAAAAUACAACUUUUCAUCACCCACACCAACGGCAGCCAGACUGCUGUUUUCUUAGAAGGGUUAAGGAAAGUUCUGCCAAGACCAAAUUUCUCUUUGGAAGAUUUUUGUGCCUCAGGACAACAAAUCCAUCCAGCACACGUCGUGGAGAUGAGCGAGAAAGGAUUUUUAGGGGUUUAUAAUCCUGACCCUCAAUUAUUUCACGACCUGGUUGUGCUGAAUGAGGCUCCAGCACUUCACAAAAUAAAUUCUCCUUCUGCUGCAACUGCAGAUCACCCUGACCCCGAGGAGUGCAAGGACCCCCUGAGCCCCCCAAAUUCCACCUCCCAACCCCAAUUUUUUGGCAUCCUCAACCCCAUCAGCUGUGGCAGUGGCGCCGUGACCCUGCUGUUCCUCAUCUCCAGGGAGCAUUUCCCGGUUUAUGAUGUGAACAACCUAUACAACACCAACGCUGACUUUGACUGGGGAGAUUUCCGCAUCCUCAGGGAGGAACUCAGGGAAAUUCCCAGAAAUUCCCAGGAAAUUUUCCUUUUCCUUUUCCACUUCCACACCCCAGGCACGUACGUGCUGCAGCUGAGCAGCAACCGGCACAAAAGAAUGUACGUGCGGGUGCUGCCGUUGGGCGCUCGGUGCUCUGAGCCCGCUCCGUUCCUGCCCAGCUCCCCCCGGGCCGCGCUGCAGUUGGGGAUCGGCCCGAGCCGGGAGCUGCUGCUGAGCCCCGAGCGGGCAGGGAUCGCUGCAGGGGUGUGUGCGCUGCUGCUGCUGCUGCUGCUGUUCCUGUGGGAGAAGCACAGCUGGGAGCGGGCACAUCUGGAAAUGUCCCUGCUGGCCCAGGAGAUGGGGGCUGUCUGCUCCUUCCACCAGUCAGCCAAGGAGCUCCACGGAGGAGACGGGGGGCUGCAGAGCACUCUGGCUUCACUCCUGGAGCAGCUCUCAGAACGCCACAGCCAGGCUGGACAAGCCCUGCUCCAGAGACACCGGGAUGAAAUCAAACGUUCCAACCUCAGCCCGGAGCUGGCACUGCCCAAACAGCCCCAAAAUUUCCUGGCAGAGCUUCCCCAGGAGCUGUCCUUUUGUCAGCAGAGACAGCCCAGGGAGGUGGAGCCUUGCCCAGACUCCGUGACUGGGAUGCUGCAGGUGGCAGGGAUGAAGGUGGUGAAGCUGGAAGCUCUGGGGCAGAGGUGUCUGUACAGAGUCCUGGAUCUCUACAGCCAGCUCCAGGUACAGGCACUUCGUGAUUUCCAUCACUCUUUGUGA